AAACAACAUAUUGUAGAUUAUCACAACAGGUGCCCACACCUUUUCAACAGGUGCCCACACAACAUACGAAGAGCCUUCCUCUGAGGAGUAAAGUAUUCCUUCAUAUUCGACCUCUUUGAACAGUAUUUGUGUUGGUUUCAUAAGACAAAAGCAGGUAGCCUGUAGCAGGUACAGAGGACACGCCCAUACAUUUCAGUGUAUUCCUGAGCUCAAACUCUGUAGAGUGUAUAAUGAAAACAGAAUAUAUAAGUGUAUAUAUCAGUUUAAUAAGCAGAAGUUUCAACAUUUUAUUGUGAAUAUGAAACCUUGUUGACUCAGUGUCGCCGGUCGCUCACCACAUCCAGGAAGUGUGGCACACUAAGGAACUGCUCGAGACGCCUCGUUAGAAACUUUUGCAUUAGAAGACAUAUGAUUAAAAACGUGUAAUUAGUGACAACAGGUCCCCGUCGACCGAACUUUUAUAAUCAGGAUUUCCGUAAACAGAACCGACACGAAUAACCGAGAGAGAUUAUCUGACGUCUGAAUGGAAGUGACAGAGUUUAAAGAGGAGUCUGAGUUAUUGCCCAUUUAAAACUGUGAUGGCUUCCACACCCGAGAUACCCCACAAUUCAGGACUAGAGCAGAAGCAAACAGUUAAGGGCCGUCUGCUGUCUUCGCAGAUGUUGCUGGUGGAUGGUCUGUAUCACCUGGGACCUCUGCUAGACUGUGUUAUAUCCAUGGGGCUGCUCUCUAGAGAAAACUGUUACGAGAUUGAAGCUGAGCGAACACCACCCAAUAGAGCCCGAAAACUUCUAGAGAUUGUUGAUGCUCAGAUGGACGAAAGUGGCGCCUCUAGAUUCAUGGAGAGUCUGAGAAAAUGCCAGAAACAUUACCCACGUCUACGAACCUGGCUGACUUCAGAAGAAAAUCAACCCGCACCAGUUUGCAUUCAGCAAGGUCCAACAGAACGUCAUGUUCAGGCCCGAUUUAGUGUUCUGUCCUCGCGCCUGGGCUGUUCUGCGCUGCCGGUCUCCUAUGAUCUUUUCUCUAGUGGCAUUUUGACUCAGCUGGAGCUGGAGAAAAUCGAAGCAAUACUCAUCCCAACCCAGCAAGCACAAACCCUGCUGUCCAUCUGCUUGAAGAAAGGAGAAAGAGCGUGCAAGAGCUUUUAUGCAGCCCUACAAAAUGAGGACAAGCAGCUAGCUGAGGAACUUAAUGUAAACAGUGUGGUGGAAGACCAUAAUAAACAGACUGAAGGCAGCAGCAUUGUGCAAAUAGCAGUGGAGGAAACCAGAGGUCACUUGAGAGCAGCUUUACCUCUUUCAGGUGGCCUGCAGCAGGUGAUGGCUCAUCUGGGGUUGACCGUGGGCGAUGAGAUCAGAUUUAACGUGUGUGAGGUCGGUGUGGCGAUGGGUUUGCCGCGUCGGACGGUCAGAGAGUAUCUUCUGGAAGGGGUCAGCAUAGAAGACUCAGCUCAACUGGAGGCUCUGGUGUCCCUCUAUAUGGAGAAGACAAAAGAUAAAGACAGGCUAUUGAGCAGAGUGGCUGAACUCAGCCCUCAGUGGGUCCAACUCUCUGAGAGGGGCUGUCUGCUGCUGAGACUGCUGCAAAAGGCAGAGACCCUCCUCCGCAGCGGGAUCCACAGUCACCUACACAGCUGGGAUCACCUGCAUGACCAGGACCACUUGCGCAGCUGGGACUACCUGUGUCCUGAUGACAGCACGGAUCAGCGGACAGUGUGGGCCAUCUUCAGCUUUCUGAUGUGGGACUGCAUGGCGGAGGUUCUGGAGGAGCCCGAGGCCAAGCCAAGCGGAGGAAUCCUGAAAAUGCUGGAGCAGCUGAGCGCCAGCGGGCGAAUCGAAGGCCCUCUUCUGCAGGAGAUCGAGCAGUGCUGGACUGAAGGAGACGGCGAGAGUCUCCUGCAGAGCGUUCGAGUGCUCGCUCAGGUGCUGAAAGACCUGCAUCCCCAUCAAGAAGGGCUCCAGCUGUCCUCUUCAGUGGAAGGCUUGUUUUCCUGCAGGCCAAGCAGGCUACACCGGGUCACUUCCUUCCAGGGCGUAUCCUCACGGGUCAUCCGGAAAGCUCUGAGCAGCAUGGUUCCAUCCACCUCGGAUCAGGAUGCAACUCUUUUGGCUAGACAGUAUUUGGAGGCGUGUGUUCGUAUUGCGCGCCUUUUAGAAGUUGUGCGACCCACAAGAACCACCAUUGAUUUUUCAAACGCCCAAGUUGCUACAGUUACCCAGCAUGUUCGGUUUGUUCUAUCAAAUCCUGCUUUUAACUCCGAGUCCUUCGAUGCUGGAAUCCGGCAUCGUUUGCUUUCGGUGUUGGAGUUUAAUCCCGAGAAUCUAGGCAUAGGCUCUCUCAUGCAGCUGCACCAGGAGACCCUUUCCGACUUGCAGAGCUAUCUGCAACUUGGCGAGCAUCACAACUUUCAGUUUAUUCUCGAAUCGGUGCGGAUAAUUGGUCCCGCGAAGCUUUUUUCUGCGAGUAGGGUUCAUGGGCCUGUCGCUAUUGAUAAUGGGGUGGAAGAAAUCCUUCGCUUCAUCACUUCAGAACCUACCUCGUUUUUAGUUCGCCUGCAUUGUCUUUGUUAUGAAGAGGGGAGGGGGCGCUUUAAGGUGUGUGUGCCGCGUUGUGCGUGUAUGUAUUUGCUCAAGGCUGAAGGUCUGCGGGAUAUGCAGUGGUGCGGAGGGGAUGUUCUGGUGGAGGUCGGUGGGAAGGUGUGGGUGAGAGAGGGGGAAGGUGUGGGCUGGGAUGAGCUCCAGGCUCUGGCUCAGAGACACUGCGCUCAGAUUAAGGAUGACGGCUGCUGCUUUAAGGUCAAGAGCGCUGGGUUGGAGUGCGAGGUCAAGUUUAUAUACAGGAGUGGAAGGCUGUGGGCUGUGCCGCAUAGGGAUUGUGUGGUGGAUUGAAAAUACGGGUUGCUGACAAAGCAGCGGGCCACAGUUUUGAUGUUUAAAAGUAUUUGAAUGAACAUUUUUGAAAAAGUAUUAAAGAUUACAAAUGUAUUUUAUAGAUUUAGGUUAAAAAAUAUAUCUAAUUUAAAAACUGUGAAAAAAACACUUUCCAUUUUAAAAGGUGCAGGAAUAUGGUUACCCUUUGUGACUAACUAAAAUUAAUCCGGCUGGGAUUACUAAAUCUCCAAAAGUGUGUGGGAUUCAGCUUUUGAUCUCUACAGGCAUCAUUUACUGUAUGUGCUUUUUGCAUUACUUUUAGCUUUCUCUUUGCCAGUGCGUCUCAAUCCUUCAGCACCAAGGCAACAGACAAGAGAGAGCUGCAGCUUUUACCUGUCAGUGAGUGCCAAAUGGCUCCUACAUAGCUGAAAGUGAAAUAGUGGAUUAUUUGUUCAAAUUUCAACAGAUUUUUACGUUAACCAAUUGAAAAGAAACAGCGUCAUGUUAAAGGUGUUGAUGCUGAACAGUUUUUCAAAAAAGGGUUUGUUAUUCUAUUGUCAAACUAUUGCAAUUUCUGUAUCUAUAAAGUUCAGUAACAUGGUUGUGAGUGCAUUUUAUCAAGUAAUCCUAAGAGGUAGGGUUUUGCUUCGUACCAUAUUUUCAUAGAUGUGAAUGUUGUAACACUGACGUCUUCAUGGUUGCAUUUUAGUCUUUUGCCAUAAACUAGAUGCAGUUUUGAUAUCCAGGUUUUUUUUCCCCACAGAUAAUGGUAUGGGCUAAUUUGGGGGUUUUACACUGGAGUAAAUUUUUCAUAGUUCUUAGAACUAUUAGCAGAAGUACCCACAUGAAUUUGGCAUGUUUGUGCCACAGGAACGAUGAACAAUUGUAGUUCUAGGUUUGUCAUUUGGGGGAACUAAAUUAGCUCCUACUUUAGGGUAGGUCUAAUCCAGCACGAUAGGUACUAAAGGUGACUAAAUGUACGUUGGUCCACACAAACCACCGGCACAGUAUUUUAAGGUGUCAUAAAACAUACACAUUCAAAAUGCUAAUGUUAGCAGCAUAUUUGUCACAGGUGCUUUACUGUUUUGUUUUGUUUCAAUAGCAUAACUUCUAUGUCUACAUUCUAUCAUCCCUAUUAGCUUGAAACACAAAGGACAUAAUGCUUCGGUCAUCGUGUCCUCCAUACUGUAGCUGUCAGUUGGCUUAUAUCAGUUCCGAUUGGUAGUGCUUAUGCAUCUGAAGCAGAGACUACAUUUAUCAUUCCUCUACGCGAUUUCAAAGGUAAAGUCUAGUCGAGAAUUUCUUGAAAUGGUGCAAAUUUAAUCUCUUGACAAUUUUCGGUCCAAAUGAAAAGCUAUUAGGUUGAAAGUGACUUCUGCAUGAGCGGUUUUAAGCUACAUAUCUAAAGCAACAUGUCCAAACAAUGAACCACACUGUGAACCACAACAUGUUUCUGAAAUGUCAUGAUCAUUAGUAUCUAUUGCAAGCGGUAGAUUCCAUAUACAUUUCAAGGUAAAAUCUGAAUCUUUCAUUUAUUUAGGAAAAUAUAUAGCCAAUAUACAACAAUUAAUAUAACUUGGGAUCAGAUUCAGCACUGUUAACUACAUAUCAGUGUAACAUUUGAUGAAAAAGUAUUACUGGCCUUAAGUUCAGUUGCUUCUGUGUGGCUUGGCCCAGUGAUCAUCGGAGAGUUGGAUGACAUUCGGAGGAGCAGCAAAAUAAUAGAACACUGUAACAUUUCUGAAUGAUGACUGCUGUAAUGGUAUGAGUCUCAAUGUACGAGUUUGAACGUGACCUGUAUGAGAAUAAUCAAGGUAAUUUCAUAUCCAUGCUAUAUCAAAGUGUAUUAAAAUAUUAA